AUGUCCCGCUUACUGGUUGGGUUGUUGGCGGUGCUUGUGUUUGUUGCGACGUCGGAAGCGUUGAUCACGUACAACUGGCAGCAGCCCGUCCAUCUGGAGCAGUUCUUCAAGCAUCGCCCCGAAUAUCAGACCAAUCUCGAAAAGGUGGGCGAAAACGCAUCGCACGGGCGACGCAGUCAUUUUCGCGGCCUAAAUUCCGAGUGCAAACGUAAAUAUAAUUCUGUAGGGAAAAUAAAGGGCACAAUGUCGCUGCGCCCGUCAUGUCGCUGAAAUGAAAAGCAAUUUGAUUUUGCCACCCCACAAUUCACUUUCUCAGCGGCGAUGCGUUUUCUAACAUAAGCAACAAGUAAUCCUCAACUAACUUGCGCCUUAAAGAAAUGGCUUUCACUUUGAUAUCUGGUGUAUUUUCAGAAAACGGCCGAACUUUUGAAUUCAGUCGACACCCCCGAAGACUUCAUCGACGAGAAUCGAACACACGACCGGGAGACGGCUCGGGAGAUCCUGCGAAAGAACGCGGAUCCCAGGCAAUUCUAUGGCAAUUAUUUCCCUUGGACUAUGAUUUGA